CUCAAUUGUGAAGACAAGAACCUCUUCCAAGUCAAAACCAAUACUUAGUGGAAUGGCUAUUCGUUUGCCUAGUGUUUUGAGUGCUAAACACAUUCUUCGCCGAUCGAAUCCGUUUGCAAAUCAAGGAGCUGCAACAUCACUUGAUGUGCCAAAAGGACACUUUGUUGUGUAUGUAGGAGAGGGUGAAAAGAAGAGAUAUGUGAUACCAGUGUCAUUGUUGAAUGAGCCUUCAUUUCAAGAACUGCUAAGUAUAGCGGAGGAAGAAUUUGGCUUCUCUCAUCCAAUGGGUGGCCUAACAAUUCCCUGCACAGAAGACAUCUUCAUUAACAUCACCUCUGGCUUAUAUAGGCUAUGACAUGCAACCCAAGUACAUAUGAAGAGACAGUUGUUUAGUUUUAUGGUUUUUUGCCUUUCAACAUGGGGUUGAGAAAAGUUGACCCAUGCUGAAAGGUUCACUAUGAAAUUGGUUUUUUUUUUUUUUUUUCCAAUUAUUUUGCAUAUGUAUCAUUGGCAAAAACGCCACUUAAAAAAAAAAAACAAAGAUUGACAACAUGAUUAUCGACAUUGUUCAUUUUUUUUCCCUCUCUUUUGGUUUUUACCGUCUAAUAAGCCUCACUGCAGAGGAUUAUUUACGUACUAAUCCGGAAUUGAAAGUAACUUAUAUAGCCUUUAGGAGGUUAAAGCGUAUAUAAAGCUUGGAAUUGGUCUGAUUGGGUCAAAUAAGCUAAGAUUAUUGGGGGAAAUUUUAUUUCAACCAAUCUCACAAAAUAUGGAAGAUCAAAGGCUAUUGAACAUGUCAAAGGCAGAUGUAUAAAGGAAAAGAACGCUUAAGAUGAAUUUAAAUCAUGGAAGCAAAACACCAUUGACGCAGUAAAGGAUCAAGAAAUUUGAACAUUCUAUCCAUCGUAUCCAUUCAGUUUCAACUUUGAUUUAUUAAACAGGAUACAUCAAUAAUUAUAUCUGGGUACGUAUGCACACCUUUUAGUAGGGCAUUCAAUAGGGAUUGUGGCCCUAGGACAGCCUUGCAAAUUUUUAUCUCUACCCGUGUCUUAGAACGAAUUAAAUUGUCCGUUUUCUGGUCCCCGAUUAAAUAAUAAUAGCUCAUAUUUGAUUCCAUCUUGUUAUAUUACCCUAUAAUUUUAUUUUAUUUUUUUUGCCCUAACAAUUUAGAAGACAAGCAAAAUGAAAUGCUGAUCUUAGAAAAUGCGAUUGAGGAUCAAACCAAUUUAAAUCAAUUGUUGAAAUCCCUAAUUUUCUAUAAAACAAGGCAUGCUAAUGCUAUAUCUUUUUGCUAAGUUUGGGAAUUGUAAAUAAGUGGGGGCAAAAAGCCUUUUUAAUUUAUA